UUCUGCCUGCCUGCCUGCCUGCCUGCCUGCUGCCUCUUCCUCUUGCUCAGUUUCUUUACGAUGCUUCUUCUCACUGCGAUGCCGUCAAAUCGCCCUUCUUAGCAAAGCGGUGUGGCAUUCCUCGACUAUGACGACAGCAGUAGGUUGAGUUUGGGCAUCCGGAAGUUUUGCAUUGUAUUCGAUUGUGUUUUUGUUAUGUUCUUCUCUCUGGGUUGGAUUGUUGAAGGGUAAGUUGUGUGUUCGAGCGUGUGUGUGUGCGCGCGCGCGUUUGUUCCUUGUAUCGAUUGCAUUUUGCGUGGUUUCGAAGAGAAGAGAGGAUUCAGAAGAGUGAGUUUUGGGUGAGAAGUGGUAACAUUGAGGGAGGUGGAAGAGAAGUAGGGAGAGAGAGAGUGAGAGGGAAGGAGGGUUUUGUGGGUUGGAGAAAAGGGACUGGAAGAGAGGGGUUUGGAUUAGGGGAUUUUUUUUUUCCUCCAUCAAAGGAGACUGAGAUGGCAGCGAGCACGGGAACUGGAGUUGGGGGCGGGGGCGGAACCGGGACAGGAGGGACUCGCAAGUUCAAGCUGCAGAAGGAGAGUGAGCUGCGGGUGGAAGUCGGCAUGGAUUCGCCGCUCAAAUUGCAGCUUGUGAUUGGGACGGCAGAGGUUUUUGGCACGGAACUGCCGCCCAUGUUCUGGAUGACUUUCCCUGCUGCGCACAAGUUUGCUGUAUUUACUUGGCAUGGCUGCACGAUUGAGUUGGAUGGUAUCUCCGAAGUUGCCUAUGUUGCCGACGAGACUCCAAUGGUCAGCUAUGUCAAUGUGCAUGCAGUCCUUGAACGAAGGCGCAGAAAAGCUAAGGAGGCUCUCGCUGCAUCUGAUGCUCCCAGCACCAACCCCCCUGCAGGUCCCAGAUGUAUAGUGGUAGGGCCAACAGAUUCUGGAAAGAGCUGCUUAGUGCGGAUGUUACUUGGUUGGGCCGCCAGAGAAGGUUGGAAGCCAACGUAUGCAGAUUUAGACAUAGGCCAGGGCUCAAUCACUAUUCCCGGCACAGUUGCUGCAACGCCUGUUGAGAUGCCCAUACACCCUAUCGAGGGAGUCCCGCUCGACCUGCCCCUGGUGUACUUUUAUGGACACACUACUCCAAGUGUGAACGUAGACUUAUAUAAAGUGUUGGUGAAAGAGUUGGCGCGUACUUUGGAUAUACAGUUAGUCUCAAAUUCUGAAGUUCAGGCUGCCGGCAUGGUUAUCAAUACUAUGGGUUGGGUGGAUGGAGUUGGCUAUGAGUUGCUAUUGCAUGCCAUCGAGACAUUGCGAGCUGAUGUUGUAUUGGUACUUGGACAGGAAAAAUUAUACAGCAUGCUUCAGGAAGUCCUGAAAGUAAGGCCUGGUGUUGACAUUGUGAAAUUACACAAGUCUGGGGGCGUUGUGAAUCGUAACUCAAAAUAUCGACAACGGACACGUGUCCUAAAAACAAAGGAGUACUUUUAUGGGUUGUCAAAUGAUCUAUCUCCCCAUUCCUCAGUUGCCAACUUUAGCGACCUGCAAGUAUUCCGUAUUGGUGGUGGUCCACAAGCCCCCCGAUCAGCAUUACCAAUUGGUGCAGAGCCUACAGCAGAUCCCACACGCGUUGUACCUGUGGGUUUCAGCCGCGACUUGCUACACGUUGUACUCGCGGUUUCAUUUGCCAAAGACCCUGAGCAUCUCCUUUCGAGUAAUGUUGCUGGCUUCAUAUACAUCAACGAGAUUGACAUGCAAAGGAAAAAGGUGACAUACAUGGCACCAUGUCCUGGACCACUACCAAGUCAGUUACUUCUGGCAGGUUCGCUUGCUUGGACAGAGUAAACAUAGAGACUUAGUAGAAUUGCCUUGCUGGAUUGUUUUAGCUUCUGCAGCAAUUAUUUGUAACAUGGUAUUAAUUAUAUGCUAGCCAGUGAGUUUACCAAGGUC